UGCCCGCGCGCCAAACACUACAGACCGUGGCCAUUCAGCCUGGUACUACCACGUCAAGCAAGCACACAAUGUCGUUUCCGUGCCCUUCGGUAAAAGACCAAUGGCAGACCGGCAGGUGUGACAGUUUGUGUGUGGCCUCGAGCAAUGAUGCCGACAGAGCUUCGGCAGAGGAUUCCUUUGACCUGAACAGAUCCUAUCCGUGCGCGCGACGGCCUGGCGUCAAAAAGAACCUCUCACUGCAGCCAUGGCUAGAGAGUUCCAAGGGUGACUCCCAGAACGGUCAUAGCUCUGUGGCCACGAGAAACCUGCAGAUAUCGAGUCUGCAUCGCUCCGAUUCUCCACCCGGAUCUCCAGAGCAGAGCUCCAGCCGAUUGGAUAAUACACUGCUCAGACAGUUGGCCCCUGAGGGCUUUGGGCCAGCUGAACACUUUCUGGUGCAUAACCCAAACACGGCGGUCUUUACUGUGGACCGUAAAACUACAGAGAUCCUAGAAGUCAAUGAGCAGGCUUGUAAGCUGCUGGAGUUCAGUAUGAAUGAGCUGAUUGCCCAGAGGCUGUGUCGCAUCCUGAGGACCAGGCAGUACCAAGAGGAUGCACUGACUGGGGAGGUUCUGAAUACCGAUGGAAAUGUGGUCUCAAUUUCAGGAAAAGUGGUGGAUGCAGUGAGCAGGUCUGAAGCAGAGCUUCCUGUGUCUGUUUGGACCUGCAGGCUGUCUCAUGACCCGACCCACUGUUUGGUUCUGAUGGAGCCAGUGGAGAGAAUAACAGCUCAUGUCACCUUCUUGGAAAAUGGAAGCAUCAUCAGCUGUGACCUUGCCUUUGCACACCUCCAUGGUUACGGGCUUGCUGAUGAGUUGACGGGGCUGUCAAUCAUGGAGCUGAUGCCAUCUCUGCACGUCCCUCUCCACUGCCGACCCAUGCCCAAGAUGUACCGUGUGCAGAGACUAAGAGCCAGAGGUCGGGGAGGUACAUCUUUGCCUCUCUGUGUGAAACUGAAAGGCACAGUGGCUUGUGGGAAACCGCUGGAAGUCUCGGUCUCCAAUGGGUUCCCAGAAAGCCGAGUCGCCACAGAGAGCCAUGAUCCCAACCGCGCUUCCUACAGCUCAGCGGACCUUUGCUCGUCAGAGUCUUCCCCUGAACAUCCACAGCCUAACUCCUCCCUCGCGCCCAGUACAGGAGACAGAAAUGGUCACAGCCUCCCGUCUCCGAGCUCAGGGCUGGUGUAUUCUGGGACAGUGUGGCUGUUUGCUCCUCUCAGUGGGCUUCUUACCCUCUAUCUCGACGGAUCUAUUCAUAGUAUCAGCAACUACUUUGCCUUGAUGCUGUUCGGAUACAGGAAGUCUGAGCUGAGGGGGAAGAAUGUCACCUUCCUGAUGCCGGCGUUCUUUGAGUGGAUGCAGGGCUUCAACCACAGUACCAGUCCUGUGUUCCACCGGCACAGGGACACCUCUGACCCUGCCAGUAAUGACUCGGACCCCUGUAGGUGCUCUAGUAUCUCUAACCCUGCACCUGGGAGUGCAGUAACCCACUCCAGUAACUCUCUCCCCGUGAAAAGCAGCCAGGAAACCAAUGACCCUAACACGGUGCUGGCUGGGGACAUGGCGAUAGUCCAGCAGGCGCUGCAGAGGAGAGUCUCUGGUGGGAAGGGGAGGAUCUUUACUGGGAACACGGCCAGACUGGAGAUGCCCAGUAGCGUGCCGUCUACAUUGACCUCACCUGCUGUCACCUCCACUCAGCUUGACAGGCGAGAUGACACAGUGGAGCUGUUUAAGCAGGUUGUGGAGAUGGCGGCCCAGUGCAGCCUGAGCGAGCACACGGACAGCACCCAGGCUCUCCUGCAGACUUUCACCCUGGUUGAGUCCCAGGAGGUGUGGGGGGCUCGCUCCCCCCAGCACAACUCCAACCACCGCAGGCCCUCCAGAGACCAGGAGAAGACCGGUUCUGACUCCUCAUGCCCAGCCGGGGAGGCCAAACGGGCCCUGACCAAGCCCCGUGGCUCAUCACGACUGCAGGGAGCAGAGGGUUCGGAUACCCUACAGAACUCCAGCUUCGAGGUCAUUUCUCUGGGUAGCCACUCAUCAGGCUUCUGCGAGCAGUCGGGCGGGGGUGAGUCAGGCCCUGACCGAUUGGAUACCACACACCCACCCUCUUCCACUCCCUUUUCUGCCCCCUCCCCGGUCCCUGCGGUCGACUCGGGCAGCUGCCUGCUGGACAUCGACUCCAACGGGGACAUGCUGACCAGGGCACUCGAGGAACUAGACCUGAGCAGCAGCCUGGAGCUGCCCGGGGCCAACGCAGACCUGGACCACCUCAACCUCUCCCAGGCGUCCUGCGACACGGCGGAGCUCCUACGCACCCCCUCACCCUACGUGGUGGAGUCCGACCUUGAGUUGGAAGUGGUGGCAGAGAAGACUGAGGAGGCCAUGAACCCCAGAGCAGAGGGGGUGGAGGGAAAGAGAAGCCCCUCCCAGCAGUGGGACUCCUUCUCUAUGCAUCACAAUGGCCGAGUUCCGGAACUCCAGAGCAUUGGCGAUCCAGGUGGGCAGUUGCCAGGCAACACCCUAGCAACAUCAACACCGAAGAAGCAGCUGCCACUACCAGCCCAGCAGAACGGAACGCAGGCUAACUCCACCAGUGAGAUUCUGGAAGGAAGUUUUGAGGGGAACUGCUACCACAGAGAUGGAACCAGACUUGAGGUUCAGUGUGAGAUCAGGCGGGGUGCUCUCCCAGACGGCCGCCCUCUCUUCUGCAUCUGGCUAACAGGACGACUCCCCCUGAGCGAUCAGCAGGGGGCACCACAGAGCCCGCAGUACACAAGAAACAGCCAGACCUCCCCACUGGACGCCUCCAGCUACAGCCUUGGGGAGGCGAUUCGAGAGGCGAGCAAAGGGGAGGCUCUUCGCUCCACCACUGACCUGGAACAGUCGCAGGCCUGUAAGGGCCAGUUUGAGGAUGAGUAUCGGCCUCUGCGCGCCGUGGGCAAGGGAGCCUUCGGCUUCGUGUGGAAGGCCUGUGGGAGGGACGAUGGCAAGGAGGUUGUGGUGAAGUUCAUUAAGAAGGCCCGGAUAGUGAGUGAGUGCUGGGUGGAUGACUCUGACAUGGGCAAAGUCAGUCAGGAAAUCGCCAUUCUGGCUCGUCUGGAUCAUCCCAACAUCAUCAAGGUGCUGGAGGUGUUUGAGAACGAGCUGUUCUUCCAGAUGGUGAUGGAGAAGCACGGCAACGGCAUGGACCUGUUUGAGUUCAUCGAGCAGCAGCCAUGUCUGGAUGAGCCUCUGGCCAGCUACAUCUUCAGACAAUUGGUAGCCGCAGUGAACUACUUGGGUCAGAAAGGCAUCCUCCACCGGGACAUCAAAGAUGAAAACAUCAUCAUCAACCAAAGCUUCUACAUCAAGUUGAUUGACUUUGGCUCAGCUACAGUGAUGGAACCUGGAAAGCUGUUCUACGCCUUCUGUGGCACUCUGGAGUACUGUUCUCCAGAGGUUCUACGAGGGAACCCGUAUGAAGGACCUGAGCUGGAAAUGUGGUCUUUAGGGGUGCUGCUCUACACUUUGCUCUUCAGUGAGAACCCAUUCUGCAGUGUGGAAGAGACCCUGGAGGCCAAACUCAAGCCCCCCUUCCCCCUGUCCUCCGGACUGAGUGGCAUUCUCCAGGGGCUGCUGCAGCCCCAGCCCAGCCUGAGGAUCACCCUGGAGGAGCUGCUGCUGGAGCCGUGGCUACGCCAGCCCAUCAACCUGGCUGAGUACAGCUGGGCCGAGGUGCUGCCCUCCAGCCACGAUUCAGAGUCGCAGGGUCACCAGGAGGCUAGUUCAAGGCCUCAUGAAGAUGACAUACUGUACCACAAUUUGGGGGCUAGUCUGAUCAACGAUGACACACCGCUUGAAGACGAGCAGGAUGAGGAAGAGCACAAGUCCAUGGUUGCCUUGGAGGCAGAACUUCAAAAGUAUCUUUCUGAUGACUAAAACAGGCACUAGAGCUAAAAAGAAUCACAAAAUGUUUUUAAUGUAAAAUUGUAUUUCUGAUAUUGAGUUGUCUUUGAUGGCAAAGUGCAUUAAACUCACUAUCUGUCCAUCUAUGUAAAAUCUGUGAUGUAAUACUCUAGCCAAAGAGGCACAGGGAUCAACACUCGGGUGCAUAUGGACUUACUGGUAGUCACCAAUUUGGUGGUAGUGAAGGGUGGAGGGUUAUUGCUGCUAUAUAUUGAUGAUGAAGGUGAUCGUAUGUCAUUGGGUGAAGGACAAAGUACAUCCACUACAUGAAGUACAUUUCUGGUUGACUUAUUUGGGGCUUUGUCAACAAAA